AUGGUUCGUAACUGGGUCAUGGCAAUGCCACUUCGUAAUGAAAUUGUAGCUGAAACAGUUACUAAGCUCUCUAGAAGGGGUUCAACUUCUCGAAGGCAAAGGAAGAACCAUUCUCCCAAUCGACCAAGAGAUCGCGUUGCUGGUCACAACCGCUUAUUCUUAGAUUAUUUUGCUGAGAAUCCUAUAUAUACUGAUGAUCAAUUUCGACAAAGGUUCAGAAUGAGAAGGUCGUUAUUUCUUCAUAUAGUUGACAGAGUCCAACAACGUGAUCCAUGGUUUCAACAAAAAUGCACUACAGCUAUGAGAUUGUUGGCAUAUGGAGUAGCAACUGACCAAAUUGAUGAGUACGUCAGAAUUAGUUAG